AUGAAUUACCUACGCAGGCGUCUCUCAGACAGCAACUUCAUGGCCAACCUGCCCAACGGCUACAUGACGGACCUGCAGCGCCCGCAGCCCCCUCCGCCGCCCCCCAGCGCCACCUCACCGUCGCCAGGCAGCGUCUCGCCCGCCGAAAGGCCGCCGUCGGCCCCCAGCCCGGGCGCGGGCAGCAGCGGCGGGGCCGGGGGCUUCUUCUCCUCCCUCUCCAACGCCGUGAAGCAGACGACCGCGGCGGCGGCGGCCACCUUCAGCGAGCAGGUCGUGGGGGGCGCCGGCUCCGGAGGGUCGUCGGGGCGCAGCAAAGUGCUGCUGGUGGUGGAUGAGCCAGGGACAGACUGGGCAAAAUAUUUCAAGGGGAAGAAGCUUCAUGGGGAGAUGGACAUCAAAGUUGAGCAGGCAGAGUUCUCCGACCUCAACUUGGUGGCUCAUGCCAAUGGCAACUUCUCCGUUGACAUGGAGGUUUUACGCAACGGCGUUAAGGUAGUCCGGAGCCUGAAGCCCGACUUUGUGCUGGUCCGUCAGCACGCCUUCAGCAUGGCCCGUGGAGGAGACCAUCGCGGCAUCGUGAUAGGACUGCAGUACGCAGGAGUGCCCAGCGUCAACUCCCUGCACUCUGUGUACAACUUUUGUGACAAGCCCUGGGUGUUUGCCCAGAUGGUUCGCCUCUUCCGCAAACUUGGACCAGAAGAAUUCCCACUCAUUGACCAGACCUUCUACCCCAAUCACAAGGAGAUGCUCACAACCUCCAAGUACCCAGUGGUGGUGAAGAUGGGACAUGCUCAUUCUGGAAUGGGCAAGGUCAAGGUGGAGAACCAGUAUGACUUCCAAGACAUUGCCAGUGUGGUGGCCCUCACCAAAACCUACGCCACUUCAGAGCCCUUUAUUGAUGCCAAAUAUGACGUCCGCAUCCAGAAGAUUGGCAACAACUACAAGGCCUACAUGAGAACCUCAGUCUCGGGGAACUGGAAAACCAACACAGGCUCUGCCAUGUUGGAGCAAAUAGCCAUGUCGGACAGGUACAAGCUAUGGGUGGACACUUGUUCAGAAAUCUUUGGUGGUUUGGACAUCUGUGCUGUGGAGGCUCUGCAUGGGAAGGAUGGACGGGACCACAUCAUCGAGGUUGUGGGAUCCUCCAUGCCAUUAAUUGGAGACCACCAGGAUGAAGACAAGCACCUGAUAGUGGAGCUGGUGCUGACACGCAUGGCACAGGCCAUCCCUCGCACACCUGUGCCCUCACCUGUGCGCUCGGCCUCAGGACAACAUGCCCAGGCUCAGCCAGCUCCAGCUGGGCAGCGACAAGGCCCUCCAGCCCAGCAGAGACCCCCGCCACAGGGAGGCCCGCAGCACCCACCUCCGGGCUCCCAGCGUCCUCCUUCUCAGCAGCGCCCUCCCCCACAAGGCCAGCAGCUCUCGGGCCUCUCCCCUCAGCCAGGUGGCCCCCAAAUGGGCCAGCGCCUGCCCAGCCCCACCACCCACCAGCCUCCUCCGCAGGCACAGCAGCGCCCAGCGGGGCAACGCCAGCCCGGCCCAGGAGCCCAGCAGCCUCGUCAGCAGGGUCCGCCGUCCGCGCCACAGUCCCCCCAGCCCCAGAGGGGUCCAAGCCCCAGUGGAGGCGGGCAGCAGCCGUGGCAACAAGGGUCCCCUCAGCAGCAGCAGCAGCAGCAGCAGCGGCCUGGGGGAGCAGGCCCACCCAAGGCAGCCUCCGGGGGGCCCCCAGGGUCACAGCAGCCACCGCCACAACAGCGCCCCCCAGCGGCUGGAGGUCAACCACGGCAACAUCCACGGCAGGGCAGCCAGGGGGGCCCACCUCAGCAGCGCCCUCCGGGGGCAGGAGCACAGCAGCAGCGCCCAGCACCUCCCACAACCCAACAGCCAAGGCCUAGCACUCAGGGGCAGGGCCCCGGGGGCCCCGGGCAACAAGGCGGACGCCCUCCAUCAAGCCAAGGCAAACCACAAGUGGCCCAGAAACCCAGCCAGGACCUGCCUCCUCCCCAGCCCCAGCUGAACAAAUCCCAGUCUCUGACCAAUACCUUCCCCCUUGCAGAGGCGCCGGUGCCGCGGGGGAGCCUUAGUCAGGACGAAGUGCGAGCCGAGAGCAUCCGCAGCCUCCGACAGAGCUUCGCCAGCCUCUUCUCCGACUGAGAGACUCCCCCCUCCACGCUGGGACCCCUGACACCCCCGCAACCCAGGA